GAUUGGGAGGAGGUUGCGAGGCUGCGUGGUGAUUGACGGUGGGACCCAAAGGGGGUACUCUGGACGUACGCACGGAAGGCGGCAGCGCCCGGAGAGCCACGUGGUUGAAGUGACGCAGGGCGUAUUGCGGCUGAGUCCUGCGGUUCGGUCACAAGCGAGAGAGAGGGAGAGAGAGAGAGAGAUCCGAGGAAAGAUCGCAGUGCCCGGCUAUUGUAUUGUUAAUCAAAGGGCUUUUCCCGAGUGACCGAAGGGGGAUGGCACAGUGAACUCUCCAAGGUCUGCUCCGGGUGAACUCCAACAUAGUCGGUUCCGCGGGAGGGAGGAUGGUGAUCUCGGCACGACUGCCUCGCCGCCACCGCUGCCACCUCCUCCGCCGUUGCUGCCCCUGCCGCUCCACCGUCCGCUCUUUCUCCCGCCGCCUCGAGCCUUACUGCUAGGGCCGCCGACAACCUCCCCCCCUUCCCAUCGAACCCCGGGGCCAUGGAGGACGUCGUGGCGCCGCUAUUGCCGAGCGCGGCGGCGCUCUUCGACCCGACGCCAUCGCAGUUCUGGUCCGGAACGACGACGGCGGCGGCGCCGAACAGCACGUCGGAGUGCUUCGGCGCGCGCGGCCGCAACUCGGUGCUGCAGGGGACGCCGUUCGGCGGCGUCGUCAUCGUCCUCGCCAUCGACUUCGUCGUGUGGAUGGCGCUGCUCCUCCUCUUCUCGGUGCUAAGGAAAGUGGCGUGGGACUAUGGGCGGCUGGCUCUCCUCAACGAUAAUGACAGAGCGUAUGAAGAAACUGUGUACGGCUCGACUCGGCUCGUGCGUCCAAGAAAAACCCACAUGGACCUACGAGAGACUCGGAGAGCUCCAGAGCCUCUGGUCGCGGGCCGAUGGAAGGACUACAACUACUUCACGGGGCUGUACAAGGAGAGGAACAGUCGCCCCCAGCUGGAGACGCAGAAUAGCGUCACCGACUACGAGAGCAAGGACAAGGGUUUCUGCUCCUGGCUCACCGCCAUAUUCAGGAUCAAGGAUGAGGAGAUCAAGCACAAGUGCGGCAUCGACGCGGUGCACUACCUUUCGUUCCAGCGCCACAUCAUCGCCCUCCUCAUCAUCAUCUGCAUCCUCUCCCUCGCCGUCAUCCUCCCCGUCAACUUCUCAGGCACUCUGCAGGGUGGUUCCCCGACCAAUUUCGGUCGCACCACAAUAGGCAACCUGGAGUCCACGGACAAACUGCUGUGGCUGCAUACAAUGUUCGCCAUCCUCUACCUCAUCAUCACCAUCCUGGUGAUGCGCCACCACAGCGCCAACCUGCCCUACGAGGAAGACGAAGUGGUGUCACGGACGCUCUUUAUAAUCGGGAUCCCCAAACACCUCGACAAGGAAGACAUUCUAAAGAGCCACUUCUACGAGGCGUACCCGUCAUGCACCAUCACGGACGUGCAGUUCUGCUACAACGUUGAGAAGCUCAUCAAGCUGGACAAGGAGAGGAAGAAAGCGGCCAAGGCCCGGGCGUACUACGACAACAUGACGGACGAGACGAUGCGUCCCAAAAUGUACGGGGAGCUGUGCUGCUGCGACUGCUACGGCUACAGGAAGGUGAACGCGCUGGAGUUCUACACGGCGUUGGAAUCGCGCCUGACGGACGAGUGCGAGGAGGAGAAGAGGAAGAUCCCCGACAAUCCCCUGGGCAUGGCCUUCGUCACCUUCCAUGAUGACAAGAGCGCCACGCAGGUGAUGCGCGACUACAAGAAGCUGCGCUGCCUGGGGAGCCCCAAGACCUCGAGCUUCGGUGACAUGCUGCGCUCAAAGCACUGGGGCGUCAAGUACGCGCCGGACCCCAACAGCAUCAUCUGGGAGAACCUCACGGUGCAAGGCUUCUCCUGGUGGGUGAAGGUGAUCGUCCUCAACACCUUCCUCUUCAUCCUGCUCUUCUUCUUCUCCACGCCGUCCAUCGUCGUCAACACCAUCGACAAGUUUAACGUCACCAAGCCGGUCGAGAGCCUCAACAGCCCCAUCAUCACCCAGUUCCUGCCCACGCUGCUGCUGUGGACCUUCUCCUCCCUGCUGCCGCUGCUGGUCUACUACUCGGUGUUUCUGGAGGCCCACUGGACCAGGUCGAGCGAAAACCGCGCCACCAUGCACAAGUGCUACUUCUUCCUCAUCUUCAUGGUGCUCAUCCUGCCGUCACUCGGGCUCACGAGCCUGAACGUGUUCUUCCGGUGGCUGUUUGACAAGAACUUCCUGAAGGAUGGAUCCAUCCGCUUUGAGUGCGUGUUCCUGCCAGACAACGGCGCAUUCUUCGUGAACUUCGUGAUCACCGCCGGCUUCAUUGGCACGGCCAUGGAGUUGCUGCGCGUGCCGGGCCUCAUGCUCUACGCCCUGCGCCUGUGCAGCGCCAGAUCCAUGGCCGAGCGCAAGAACGUCAAGCAGGAGCAAGCGUACGAAUUCCAGUUUGGGCAGGCGUAUGCGUGGAUGAUGACCGUAUUCACCGUCGUCAUGGCCUACAGCAUCACGUGCCCCAUCAUUGUCGUGUUCGGCGUGAUCUACGUGCUCCUCAAGCACAUGGUGGACCGCUACAACCUCUACUACGCGUACAUCCCCUCCAAGCUCAACCGCAAGAUCCACUGCUCGGCCAUCAACCAGGUGGUCGCCGCGCCCAUCCUCUGCAUCUUCUGGCUGCUCUUCUACUCCGUCGUGCGCCUCGGCCCGAGGAACGAGAUCACCGUCUUCACGUUCGUCGUGCUGCUCUUCACUAUCGUCGUGUGCCUCUUCCGCAUGUUCUUCGGAUACUUCAAGUACCUGAGCGUGCACAACUACAAGGACUCCAUGGUGGGCAGCCCCCCUCUGGAUGACGAGGGAGGAACCCCCACUACACCACAAUCUCCGACCUACAAGGCAUCGGUGCUGUUUGCGCCGUCGGCCGUGGAGGAGGAGAGCGAGGUGAUGUCGCCCCAGAGCUACGGCUCCAUGGAUAAAGACGACGAACCGAACCACAACCAGAGCAAGCCCCAGGGCGCGCCGAUGGACGGCACUAACGGAAAGCCCGGUGGAGGUGGCGGUGGCGGAGAUACGGCCAGCUCCGGUGCCGACGAGCCCGACCACCACCGGACCCAGUCGCCCAUCGCCUCCCCCAAACAUGGUGUACAGUAGAGCUGGGGAGGAGUGGCCUGGCAGGCCUGACCACCAACCCGCUUGUCAGCCAAACUCGUGAAUUGAGAAAGUAGGGGCUAGCUGGCAGGCAGGUGGGCGGGUGGCCUGGCGGGCGAGCGGGCGGGUGGGUAAAUGUGGCAGCCACCCUACAUGCUUGUCCAUCAGCUUCCAUGCGCACGACAAGACGGGAGAAGGAAGCGAUCGCGAGAUAGAAUUGAACGGGGCGGGAGGGAAUUGAGAGAGAGAGAGAGCGCAAGUGAGAGAGACGGGAGACGCGCAGAUGUGUAGGUCGUUGGCGACGGGGGGUGAAAGUAUACUCGCUGCAAACUCGGCGACUGCUUCACUCACAGCCAGGAGCCGGAUUGCCCGAGAUUGAUUGUUGCACAGCCUGGAACACGUUGCACUAAGCGGUAGUGCCGUAAGGCCUUCCCUGUUUUGUUGUUGCGUCGCCACAAUACGGAGGGCCCUCUUUUUUUCAGUUUUUUUCUUUGCUGUAAUUCAUUGCGAGGUUUGGCGUGACAUUGCCGCACACUGUAUCUUUUUGGCAAUGGUCAUUUUCAGUUUACGCAUCGGUAGCCGUGGCUUCUAGUUGACUCAUGCAGGGACUAAUCGUGGGUACGGCCAUCAUGCACUAACGACGUGCUUUUCACAAUUGCCGGAUUACUUGCAGAAACUCUUAUCGACAAUUAAAAAAACAUUUCCUUUGUGGGGGCCGGAUAUUCUUAAUAAAAAAGCAGACUCGCAAUGUACAAUGGUAAUUCUCAGCGAGCCCGUCCAGAAUAAAUAGAAGACUUAAUUAGAUUCGGCUCGUUAUCAGAUUAGCGCGAUGUAAAAAUAAAACUUGACCUGGUGCACACUGAGCCUGGGAGACUGCAACCCUCCACUCCGAGACUUCGAUGCAAUUUUCCUCGUAGCUUCCACUCGUGGGGCCAGAUCCACGCUCGGCCUCAUGUCAGAACACUUGGUCACUCGCGGAUGGCACGGCCAGACUUCCAGGCCGAUUGGCGGCCUCCUAAAAUCUUGGGCGGGGGGACUUGAUUUAGUUGGUCCAUGCAUGUAGCCCUCUUGGCUAGCCAUGAGCGAGCCAGAGCACACUAGGGGCUGCCUCUUCUCGCAUGCUGCUGUGUCACUGGCUUCUUCUUCGAGACUGACCGACUGACCCUUUGGGUCCCGUCGGUGAGUGGCAUAUCCCACGGGGCCUGGUGCUCGGGUAAAAAUGAGGACCUUGUUCCUAAUUCAUUGCCACCUCCCUCGUCACUUUAUUUUUAAAAGCACGACGUGUUAAAACGACUUUCCGCUAUGAUCGCAGCACAAGUAUUUACUGCGGCGAAGGAGAGAGAAAAACGAGAAAAAUUUGCUUUGCGAAUGAAACAAAAAAAAA